GCCGCGCUCCUCCAGCGGUGCUCUUCUGUUCAUGGCCUACUGCAGCUACAACUACAGCGUGGAGGCAAGAAUGACACCGGCGCUCCCCUACGCCAAGACAACCUGAUCGUAAGGACGGAUCUUUUUUUUAACUUCUCAUAUUAUAAAAUACCACAAUGAUGGCGCGCGUCGUCGCACCUUCACGGACGCGGCUGAUCGCGGCCGUUUUUCCGUUCUUGGCACUAUGGGGAUGCGCGCUUUCCAUCACUCGCUACUCUAUUCCGGAGGAGAUGGAAGAGGGCUCCUUUGUUGCCAAUCUGGCCACGGAUUUGGGUCUGGAUGUCCGCAGUUUGGUGGAGCGCAGGGCGAAGCUCGAUGUCAUUCACAGCAAAAAUUACCUUGACAUCAACAAAGAGACGGGGGAGCUGAUAAUCCGCGAGAAGAUAGACCGAGAGAGCAUAUGCAUGACUAAAACAACCUCGUGCUUCCUGAAAAUGGAUGUCAUACUCGAGAACCCCAUUCGCAUUUUUAACAUCGAGUUAGAGAUCAUGGACAUCAACGACAACGCGCCCGUGUUUCGCAGGAGGACAAUGCACUUGGACGUGUCGGAGGCAACCCCUCCCGGCGAGAGGUUCUCAUUGACAAACGCCGUGGAUGCGGAUGUGGGGGCGAACACAAUCAAGACCUACCAUCUGAGCGAGAGCAAAUACUUCAACAUCGACAUACAGACCGGGAGCGAUGGUUCCAAAUAUGUCGAUUUAGUGCUGAGUGGUAAUUUGGACAGAGAGGAGCAUUCGAUUCAUAAUUUGAUUUUAACCGCUGUGGAUGGAGGGGUGCCUCCCCGCUCCGGCACAGCCAGCAUCGUUAUCAACGUCCUGGAUAUCAAUGACAACGCCCCCCAGUUCAGUCAGCCGGUAUUUUCUGUCAAUGUCUCGGAGAACUCGGCUGCGGGGACUGUGGUCAUGACCUUAAACGCAACAGACCUGGAUGAAGGCACCAACGCUCAGCUGGUGUACUCAUACACGCUGUACACCUCAGAGAAGACUCAGGAGCUCUUCUCGCUGGAUCCAAACUCGGGGGAGAUCAAGGUGAAGGGGGUGAUCGACUACGAAGAGAGUCAGAGUUUUGAGAUGUACAUACAGGCUCAGGACAGAGGGGCCAACCCGCUGUCAGGCCACUGUAAAGUCAUGGUGUUCGUCACAGAUCUGAAUGAUAACUACCCCGAGGUGCUGAUCAAGUCCGUGAAGAGUUCGCUGACGGAGGAUGUCGCUGUUGGGACUCUGAUCGCGGUGAUCAGUGUCAGCGACAGGGACUCCGGGGCCAACGGGGUAGUGGAGCUCACCUUGAACCGGCAGCGGUCUUUGCCGUUCCUGCUCAACAAAUCCUCUGAGGGCUACUUUGAGCUGCUGGUGUCAAAACCACUGGACAGAGAGAUCAUCAGCAAAUAUGACAUCACGCUGAGGGUGACUGACAAAGGCUCCCCGCCUUUAUCUGAAAACGAGACCAUCACGUUAGAGAUCCUUGAUGUCAAUGACAACGCGCCCAAAUUCCCCCAGUCCUUCUACACUAUCCAUGUCGUGGAGAAUAACCUACCAGGGGCGUUGCUGACAUCUCUUAGCGCGCUUGACCCAGAUCUCAACGAGAACCAGUACUUGGUUUAUUUCAUAAUGGAGAAGGAGAUUGUUAACACGUCUAUGUCAAUGCUGUUCUCCAUCAACCCUGAGAAUGGAGAUCUCUAUGCCCUGAAGACCUUCGACUAUGAGAGAGAGAGGGAGUUCCUCUUCCACAUCGAGGCACGAGACUCCGGCGUUCCCCCGCUGAGCAGCAAUGUGACAGUUCACAUCAUCAUUCUGGACCAAAACGACAACACUCCUCUCAUAGUGUCACCUUGGCGGGCGCAGGGCUCCGUCGUGGAGGAGGUCAUCCCGAGGUCCACAGAUAAGGGGCACCUGGUGGCCAAAGUGAUCGCCAUCGAUGCCGAUUCGGAGCAGAAUGCCAGGGUCACGUACCAGCUCCUGCAGAUCACCGAUGCGAGCCUCUUCAGCCUGGAUCAGUACAACGGUGAAAUCCGGACGACGAGGAUGUUCAGUUAUAGAGACCCGAGGCAACAGCGGCUGGUGAUUGUUGCCAAAGACAACGGUGAACCUGCUCUCUCUGCUACUGUCACCAUCAAGAUAUCGACAGUGGAACAUGUCAUGUCCUUUUCAGAGACUACAGAGUUGCCAAUAGAGUACGACGUCUUCACAGACCUAAACCUCUACCUAGUAAUCGGUUUAGGGGCUGUGUCGUUUCUGCUGCUGAUAACCAUCCUGGUUAUUAUCGUGCUGAAGUGUCAGAAACCAAAGCCAAAGGCCAUCAAGAUCCCCCCGGCCAACAGGAACAGCGUGAUCAGCAGGAACAGCGUGAUCAGCCAGAGAAGCUCCACCAUCGCAGAUUCCACCCUGAUCUCCAGCGAUGCCUACUGGUACAGCUUGUUCCUCGCCGAGACCAGGAAAGGCAAGGUGGUCGUGAGACAGCCGAUCAUUCCCAAAGGAGCCGGGUAUUUCGUUUCCAGUAUACCCAGAAGCAUAGGGCCGAGCGAGACCACAGACUCCAGAGCAUCCACACUGGAGUACUCAAAAUGAAAGGAAGUCCAUUCUACAACUGGAGCAACCCAGGAGAGAACUGCCAUGAUAUAAUCAUCUCUUCAUGGGAGUCUCUGGCUGGAACUCUUCCCUGUGACUCACAAAGAAGAUGUAAAAAAAAGAAAAAAAAAAAAGCUCCCCCACGCUCCAACUCUUCUCUCUCCCCAGCUCCUCUGAUCCCAAUCCGCCCCCGUACAGUCAUCGACCAAUAAUCACCUCAGCUUUUCUACCUGCCUCUCUCUCUUUUAAGCAUGAAUCUGCAUGAUUCUACAACAUGGUCAACAAAAAAAGAUAUAUAGGGUUGGACAUAAAAGGGACUGAAAUCAUUACCGGCAGGAUGUUCGGACAUCUCUAGGGUUGCCUCAUGUAGUUAAUCAUUCCCUCUUUAACACUUAACGAAACUCCUCAGUGGACAUAUUUGCCUUCUCUGCAGGGUUUUUAACGCCGUGUGCUGUAGUUUCUAGAAAACCAUCAUAUACAUACGUCACGCUACGUCCUUUUUUUAAGUGAAAGUUGAAAAACACGCCUAUUUACAAAUGCAACCCUGAUUUCAAAAAGAAGUCGGGACGCUGUGGGAAACAUAAAUUAAGUGAUCAUUUGCUCAUCCUGUUUCAUAUACACUCAACUGAAAAACAGCAGAAUGACGAUAUAUUUAAUGUUUUACCUCAGCAACUUGAUUGACUUUUGAUUUUUGUUUUUUUAUUUUUUAAUAUGUGCUUGUUCUGAAUUUGGUGAACAUUUUUAAAAAGUUUGGGCCGCAAACGACUGGCUAAGUUGUUGAAUUGCUCCAGAAACACCUCCAUACCACAUACCACCAUUCAGCCGGUUCAAAAAGUUUGACAGUGAUUCAAAUUGUAUUAUAAUUAUUGAUAUUCACUGAUAUAAGUGUAAUCAAACCAAAAAGACUAAUAACUUUAUAAAAGCUGAAUACAUUUUUUAUUCCUUCUCGAUCAUAACAUUCUCCAUUACCUUUACAUUUUUACUUCCAAGUCGUGUCUUCAACUUUGUCAUCAAGUGAUUUGAGUUGACUAAAAUCCAAGAGUCCACAUGUCUGGCUGCAGGUAAACACGGUCCUUUGCAUAUGAUUGCACUCUAUUUUUGUUAAUUCAGGUGUUUCUCACGUCGUCCCAACUUUUUUUUUUUGGAAUGGAGGUUGUGCACAUGAAUCAGGGUGAAUAGAUUCUUCCAUAAUUCUUCCAAAUACCGAAUUGUAGCUGGUUAUGUCAGUGAUUCAGGCUUUGCACUUGGUGUUUUUUCUCUGUUUUUCUGGAAGCAUUUCUACCGUGUUACGACUCACGGCCUUUCAGCAGGGCUCGAACUGUCGACCGAAUGAACCAAUCAGGUUUUGAUUUCCCCAUUUCUUUUAGUUUUUUUCUUUUACAGUGUCUGUCGUACUCAACUGUGAUGAAUGUGUGAAAUGAAAGAAUGAAAGAAAAGUGUAAAACUGAACAAAAAGAUAGGAGAUUUCUCUUUUCAUUUGAUUGUAGAUACUGUGGUUCUGUAGAGACGAUAAUGAGGUCGGAGAAGCAAAAAGACUCUUGACACCAACAUCAGGUCCAUCUCGUGCAGACAUCUGCGCCGGUACAGAACAUCUUGACGAGGUUGGACACUUAUCAGGCUGCAACACUGAAUUUUUCAGAACUUUGAUCACGUUUCACACACAGUUUCAGCCUGUCUCGUCUGGUCGGAGUCAGAGAGGUCGAGGGUGCAACUGGGGGAGGUGUGGCCGCAGAUAAAAACAUGCAUUUGUAAGGCACUGUGACAUCACAAAUUGGGGGCGGGGCCAGACUGGGGUCAAAUGUAAAUCCAUCUCCCUUUAUAAUAAGACAUUAUCAAAAUUAUAAGCUAUUAUCUUACCAAUCCCAUCUUUUUCUCCCAGACCGAUAAAGCAGUGCAAACCGUAUUAAUCAAAAAAUACAAUUACAGUAAAAAUAAAUAAAUUUAAAAAAAAAAUAUUUUGUAAUGACAAAUCGAGAAAAGAGUAAGGAAAAACAAAAAUGUAUUUAUCUUUGCCGUGGCGCGAGGGAAUAUAAGGUCCAGGCAAGGUGUUGUUUUAUGAAUCUUCAUGUUUUUUAUAAAUAUUUUAAGUAUUAACUUUUAAUGCUGCUUUCGUGAGCUUCUUCAAGGGCAUUUGUGUUGCAUACUUGUAGUUUUUAGUGCGUACGAUGUCGUUUUGAUAGUGUACAUAAGUUCAAAAACGGAAGCUAAAGUCCUUUUUUUUUUGUCUUGACCUCAGAUGUGGCGCUGUUGCACUACUUGUCAACAAGCCCAGGACUUUUGUUUUGUUAAUUUUCUCAGUAAACAAACGAGGAGCUUAUUAGGACUCACUUUAUUUAGGGUUGUUGAAUGAUCCAAUCUGCUCGGGGUGUGAGGGAAGGAGAUUAAAACGGUGAGAGGGAGAGCGUAGCUGCAGUGUUCUGCCGCUGACUCUGCAAGAAAAAAUCUACAUGGAUGGCGCGUAGAAAGUAUUAAGCGGAUGACAGCACUUUGAAAUAUGCGCCGGAUCCAAACGUGUCUAACUGUUUUCCGAGACGUAUCGAGCUACAUGUUCUGAGUCGGUGAAAUCUAACCUCUCCUCUUCCUCUCUCACCGUUUGCGCCCAGAAACAAACACAGCCGGCUGUCUGUCGCACUGAAAACAGACGCCGCAUGACGAGGGGGAUCUCUACACGGUGUGCAAUCGAUGACGCCCGAUUCCAAAAGUUGUUUCUAAAAGACAGAAUUGCACAUGUGAUGAGCUCCUUUGCGUGCCUUCUGCAUUGUAAACGGUGUACUGUACCUGACUGUUAAUGAAUGAAACGAUGGCAUGUCAUACAGUAUUAUAAAUCACAGUUACCCCGAUGAUCAAAACACCUUGAAUCUCUAAAAGUAGAUGGGGGUGGGGAGGCUCAGCCUUUUCUUUUUUGGUUUUGGAGCAGACGUUGUACGGAGAACCAGUAGAUGCAUUUACUGUAAAUUGAACUGCUUUAUACUUUGUGUUUUUUAUACAGUGGACUUUUUUGAUAUUCUUCUGUAUUCACUGUGAUCGGACGGCACAGGAGGUCGCUUGUGCUCGGCAUAGUAAAAAAAAAAAAAGUGUGUUUUUCUUUCUCAUUCGUGUGCGCAGCUCAGUUUUUUUCUUCUGUUGUUUUUUUUUUCCUCUGCUAAUUUGCCAGUCAGAUUGUACCGUAUGCUUCGAGAGUCGCAUCAGAAAAAAACCUAAUCCGGUUCCAUCCCACUUAGUGGAUCAAAGACAGUAUGGGAGAGAAUGGUCUCGCUUUUCUUUUCAAGUCUGGUUUAAUUGUCGGAUUUUGAUGUUGCUUAUUUGGCUUAAAUGUUCUGCCUGAUCAUACUAGUUUGAAUAAAG